GGAAAGGGCAAUUGAUGCAGAUAUCCUCGGUAUUGGUGGAGCCAGAGCUUCCAUCCUCGUCAAGAUUAGCGUCUUCUUCAGAUACCGCUCAAGAGCAUAGUCUACUGGGUGGCGAUCUUGAGAGCGCUACGAAGCCAAUCCCGCUUGCAGAUCAAAUCUUGGCUGGUCGCUUGCGCAGAUACCAUCUGUUGUUGGAUCAGUACAACAGAGAGGAGAAAAAAUUUCAGUACUCAACAGAAUGUAGUUGUCGUGACCUGCCGGAAACGAUUUCCUUCUUUUUCAACAUCUUCGAUUCCUUCUUUCCAAAGGAUAGGGCAUUAGAGCUACGCAACAGCGGAGAUGGAGAAUCAUUCUCCAGUAGCUCAAGUACAUCAGCAGUGUCCGCUUUUUUCGACUGUUCAGAGACGGUGUCCCGCGAAAUCAAAUCAGCUGUUGCGACGGAGCUUCCUUCGGCAACAACUUGUUUCCCAUUCACACUGCUGCAAGCCACUGCCUGUGCGCUGGCAACAGAUGAUCAUGUAGUUGUAGAUAAAGAAGAUCCAACCAAGAUAUUGACCUCCAAGAACGAUUUUCUCGAUCUGCAGAAGCUACUUGUUCGAAGUCAUGACUGUUUUGACUCCACACCCUUCACCGGAGCACAUGGAGUAGGGGCCGAAGCUGUCCGCACUACUUUAACUUAAGGGUUUGUUACGAAACCACAUUGUUGUAGUACGUUAACUACAUUUUUCUUUUAUUGCAGAAAGCAGAUGUAAGUACUCUAACUCUUCAAUAUCAAUGAUCCAAAAGGAAAUAUAUGGGACUCUUCACAUGAUGAUACUAUGUAUUACUAUCAAGGCAUAGAUAUUGGGUCAAGCUCUUAAUGUUUCUCUAACAUUAUGCACAUAUGAAGACUCCUGUGGUGUCAAAGUGGGAUCCUCAAAUACCC